GCGGCAGCCAAUGGGAGCGGCCGCUUUUGGCCGCGCCGGCGCCUUUGAGGACGUGGCUUUGGAACCUUUUCCUCUUCUUUUUUGAUCUCUUCGCAACUUUGCUGCGCUGGGUUUUAUUUGAUUUAUUAUUCUUAUUUUAUUUUAUUUUAUUUUAUGAAGGAUCCUUUCCGCGCGGGGCAAGGAAGCGAUUGAAGGGGGCGCCAUGGCUUACCCCCCUGGAUAUGGGGGUCCAGUCUCCAAGCAUAGGACCAGGAUCCCCCCUGUGCCCCAAUCUCCAGAUGCCCCUCAACUCUUUGAUGACACCAGCUCCGGCUACGGGCCGCCCCAGGCUGGAUACCCCCCACCUGGCAUCGACAUGAGCUUCAACCAGAUUUUUGCCGACCCCGUGGCUAACGUUGCCAUGGCUUACGGCUCCUCCAUUGCGUCCCAGGGGAAAGAAAUCGUCCAUAAAGAG